GCUCGCCGUCGACGUCCCGCUUCCCUUUUUUCCCCCAUCCGCUCCGCGCCUCCCUCCACCACCGCUUCCCUCGCCGCCGCCGCGUUCUCACUCCCGAGGGCUUUGCCGCGUGGCGUCUCGCCGCACCCGCCGCUGAUGCUCCUCUCCUCCCGACCCCCUCCUCCUCCUUACCUCCCUCGCGGGGGCGCCGCGCCCACCCCCACCGCCCCCUUCGUCCUCGUGCUCCAGCGCCGGCAGCGGAGGCGGCGCCACAAACACCGGCCACACAGCAUCGUCCCCCGCGCCUCCAUCUCGGACCUCCUCGCCAGCCUCCCUUCCUCCCUCGCGCUCGUCGGCCCCGCCGCACUCGCCGCCGCGGCCGCUCUCGCCACCUCCUUCUCCGCCUGGUCCUCCUCCUCGUCCCGGAACAGCCUACCGCCUCCGUCCCAGGACCCCGAGGACUACCGCGCGUGCGGGGAUGUCGCGGGCGAGUGGAUUCUCUUCACCAGUCCGACCCCGUUCAACCGGUGCGUGCUCCUGCGGUGCCCGUCCGUCUCGUUCGAGGACGGCGGCUUGCUGCUCGACGGCGUCAACGAGCGCCUGCUCACGGAGGAGCGGCACUACGUGAACCUGAGCCGGGGCCGCAUCCCCGCGGCGCGCGGCGGGGACGGCGCCUGCGACAUCUCCUACCAGAGGAUUUGCGUCGCGCUGGAGGACGGCGGGGUGAUCGCGCUCGAUUGGCCCGAUAAUUUGGACUUGGACAAGGAGCAUGGGUUGGAUUCUACGGUGCUCGUGGUGCCGGGAACGCCUGAGGGGAGCAUGGAGAGGAGCAUCAAGGUGUUCGUGGUGGAUGCGCUGAAGAAUGGGUACUUCCCUAUUGUGAUGAAUCCCAGAGGCUGCGGUGGUUCCCCACUCACUACAGCAAGGUUAUUUACGGCAGCUGACAGUGAUGAUAUCUGCACAGCAGUACGGUUUAUAAACAGCAAGAGGCCUUGGACAACACUAAUGGGUGUUGGAUGGGGAUAUGGUGCAAAUAUGCUGACGAAGUACCUUGUGGAAGUUGGAGAGUCUACUCCUCUUACCGCUGCUGUUUGUAUUGACAACCCUUUUGACCUGCAAGAAGCAACAAGAUCAUUUCCUCAUCAUAUUGCUCUUGAUCAAAAGCUCACGGCUGGCUUGGUGGAUAUUCUGCGUGCUAAUAAGGAACUCUUUCAAGGUAAAGCUAAAGACUUCGAUGUCCAAAAGGCUUUAUCAGCCAGGAGUUUACGUGAUUUUGAUGGAGCGAUAUCCAUGGUAUCACAUGGAUUUUAUACUCUAGAUGACUUCUAUUCUGAAAAUAGCACAAGGUUAUCAAUUGCCCGUGUGAAAAUACCUCUACUGUUUAUACAGAGUGAUGAUGGGACUGUGCCACUUCUUUCAGUACCGCGCAGUUCAAUAUCAGAAAAUCCUUUUACAAGCCUUCUCCUUUGUUCUUGUGCACAUUCCAGUAUCUUUACCUUUCAGAGAUACACAGUGUUCUGGUGCCAGAAUCUUGCUUUAGAGUGGUUGUCAGCAGUAGAGUUUGCUCUUCUGAAGGGUCGCCAUCCACUUAUAAAAGAUGUAGACAUCACAAUUAACCCAUCCAAAGGUCUAGCAUUUGUUGAACCUCAAGUGAAUGAGAGGAAAGCUCAAAAAGGCAGUAGUUUUCGCCCUCCAUCUGAGCUUAUUUUGUAUAAUAAUGUUCCUCAUGGAAUUAAUGGCCUGCUAAUCGAUUCUGCAAAAGAGUAUUCCGGUGCUGAAAACAAAGAAAAGGGGCAGUUGAAAAAUAUUGGUGACAUAGAAAGUGUAAACAUAGAUCCAGAAGAAGAGUCAGAAGAGAGUUCUGAAGAUGUUGAAAAAGGCCAGGCACUUCAAUCAGCAAGUCUUGUGAUGAAUAUGCUAGAUGCUACAAUGCCUGGUACUCUUGAUGAUGAUCAGAAGAAGAAGGUUCUGGUUGCAGUGGAGCAAGGUGAAACUCUUGUGAAAGCUCUAGAGGAAGCUGUACCUGAAGAUGUGCGUGGAAAACUUACAGCUUCUGUGACUGAAAUUUUGCAUUCCAAACGAGAAAAUUUCAGUUUGGAUGCAUUGAAGCGACUUGGCUGGAACAAUGUAAGACCAACCACCACUAAGGCAGUGGCCCAGGAAAAGCUCAAAGAUUCAGAUCAUGAAAGUGGGCUUAAGGAUGCCAAAAUGGCUGAUCAGAACAGGAGUUCUGCAACUGCUGGUGAUGGGGGUCAGAAAGACAUUAACAUAACAAAUGAUGACAAUCCGGGAGAAAGCAUCGAUUUAUCACAAGGAAAGCCUUCCCAAACUUCUGGAUCUGUUGGAACUGCAAGAGAAACGGGAAAUGAACAAACCCAACCCAAUACAUCAGAUAAAUCUAACUCAGGAACCAACGAUAGCAGUGAAGAACAGCAUAGGACAGAGCAGGGCAGUGAAACGACUCCAAAAAAGCCUUCCCAAACUUCUGGACCUGUUGAAACUGCAACAGAAACGGGAAGUGAACAAACCCAACCCAAUACAUCAGAUAAAUCUAACUUAGGAACCAACGAUAGCAGUGAAGAGCAGCAUAGAACAGAGCAGGGCAGCGAAACGACUACAAAGAAAGCUUCCAAUGAUCAUUCAGCAGCCAACUCAAAUGGGGCUCCUACAGAAAGGGGGCAUCCAGUCGAUCCUACAACAGACCAGAACCCACAAUCCCAUGCAAUAGAAAAGGAAGGUGACACAAUUCGCACGAGUGAAGAUAAGGCUGCUCAUAAUAUGGAUGAUCAAAGCACGCAAGUCUCUAAAACAGAAGAAUCAAAACCUUCCCCAAUUACUAUGACCCAGGCUUUGGAUGCAUUAACUGGAUUUGAUGACUCAACUCAAAUGGCUGUCACUAGUGUAUUUGGAGUCCUUGAAAAUAUGAUCGAUCAGUUUCAGAAACAACAGGACUCUGAGAAUGGGGAAAAUUCUGAUGAAAAUGAUGGUGACCCUUCCGUGGAUGAGACAGAAUCUCAUGGAAAGGAGGAUAUGAAGAAUGCAUCAAGUGGAGAAGAUAAAAUCCAAUCAUCUCAGCAACCAGAAGAUAGCAGUCCUGGAUUAAGUCAUUCAAUCAUGUCUAAGCAUGAUUACGCUUUUGCUGAGGAAAAUCCCAAUUUAAGCAUUGUUUCAUCUGGUCGAGGAAAAAUGAGAUAUUAUCGAGGACAUGAAGCUGGUGAUCAUGUGGAUACUGAUGGUAUGAAGCAGGUCGGUAGCUUACCUGAUUAUUUGUUAGAUAUAGCUGUCAACUCUUACUUGAAGGCACAGUAUACAAUGUACCUUCAUGAAUUUCUUAAUACACAAUUGCAACUCAAAUCACCAGAGCCUAAUUCAGCAACAGAUCUUGUUCUCGAUCCACAAGAGGGUAAAUGGAAAAUAGCAGAUCAGAUGCACAAUGUGCAUAAUGACAUUUCUAAAUCUGGUAGAUAUAAUGGAGCCAUGGAGGAGGUCAGUUAUGCUGGAUCCACAGAAGAGCCAUCUAAAGUGGACAAUGUUGUUGAGCCACCCUACUUCAUACCAGGAAAGUUUCCAGACCCAGCAUACAAGUCAAAUGCAUUCAAAAAUACAGUAGCAGCCAAAUCAAAACCUGGUGAUGAUUUGAGGGAGGCACUUGCAUGCUUCAUCAGAGAUGAACUAUUAAGCGCCCUCAAAAUUGAAGUUGGUCGCAAAAUAGGGAUAACAGAUACUAGCCAACUUGAAAGAGGUCUUGCAAAUGAUUUAGAACACGUUGCUGCUGAAGUCUCCAAGCUUAUCGUGCUUAACUGCGAGUUAUAUUCAGCGGCACAUGUGCAAAGAAGUCCAACAACUGUCAAAUUUGGUUCAACAUACGGAAAACAUGUCGUUCAAGCUGUAGCUACUGCAGUUCAGCAAUCUCAGCAUCUGAGGAUCAUUCUUCCUGUGGGUGUCAUAGUUGGUGUAACUUUGGCAUGUUUGAGAAAUUACUUCCAUGUUGAUGUCUCUAAGCAUGAUGACCAUAUGAAAGCCAAUGUGAAGUCGAAUAUUUUGAGUGAGGAUCUUAUUGUUCAGGAUAUCAGCAGAGCAAAUAUUCAGGAUAGUGGUGAAGCAAAUACAGAUAAUAAUAUUGAAAACGCUCGUGAGGACAACCAUCAGGAGGUGACAAGGACAAAGGGUCAAGGUAUGAUGGUAGGGGCAGUCACGGCUGCCCUAGGUGCUUCCGCUUUGGUAGCACAUCAUCAGGAAAAUAAGGAUGAAAAUAAUGAUGGCAAGGAUGAAAUUCAGAAUGCCAAGCAUGAGGAAACUACACAGGAAAAGGGCCAGAAUAAUUUGAUGAGAAGUUUUACUGAGAAAGCCCUAUCUGUUGCAGCGCCGGUAGUUCCCACAAAGGGUGAUGGUGAGGUUGAUCAUGAAAGGAUUGUUGCAGUUUUAGCUGAACUUGGACAAAAAGGUGGAAUUUUGAGGUUCGUUGGAAAAUUUGCUCUACUCUGGGGCGGAAUUCGUGGUGCUAUGAGCUUAACAGAUAGGCUUAUCUCAUUCUUACGUAUCAGCGAACGACCCUUAUAUCAGAGGAUUAUGGGCUUUUCUUUAAUGGUUCUCGUCCUAUGGUCCCCUGUUGUGAUUCCUCUACUGCCAACACUUGUUCAAAGUUGGACAAUAAGCGCUUCAACUGGGAUUAUUGGAUAUGCUUGCAUUGUUGGAUUGUAUGUAUCUAUAAUGAUACUUGUCAUGCUAUGGGGCAAAAGGAUACGGGGCUAUGAGGAUCCAGUUGAGCAAUAUGGGAUGAACGUUUGGUCUGCAUCUAGGCUGCAAGAAUUUUUUCAAGGUCUGGUUGGAGGUGUAAUUAUUGUAGGAUUGGUGCACUCAAUAAGCAUUCUGCUUGGUUUUGCAACCUAUCGGACAGGGUUACCUUCAUCUUUAUCUAGACCCCUUGAUCUUAUCAAGUCUUCUAGUAAUGUGUUCAUGCUAGCACUUAGAGGGUUCGCAACAGCAACUAGCAUUGCCGUGGUGGAAGAAAUGGUUUUCAGAUCGUGGCUUCCAGAGGAAAUUGCUGUUGACCUCGGUUACUACAAUGCCAUUCUGAUAUCUGGACUUGUGUUUUCUCUAAUUCAUCGGUCACUACCCUCAGUACCAGGUUUCUUGCUACUUUCUCUGGUGCUUUUUGGACUUAAGCAGAGGACACAAGGGAAGCUUGCCGCACCUAUUGGCCUGCGUUCUGGAAUUAUGACUGCUAAUUAUCUAAUACAAAGCAGUCGUGUUAUAAUAUCCAAACCUGAAACUCCAUUUUGGAUUAUUGGCACCUACCAUCUGCAUCCUUUCGAUGGUGUUAUUGGCUUAAGUAUCUGCUCUUUGCUUGCUAUACUUUUCUUCCCCCAAAAGCCUGUUCAGAAGGAUAAAUCUGUGUGAUGAGAAUCUAAAGAGUAAAUAUUACUCUUGAUAUAUAGCUGAUGGAGUGAGCUUUGAACAAGGAAUCACCUCUGCACAUGUGAGCAAUGAAGGGUUGCUCUUGUACACCAUGUUAAACUGCAGCUCGAUGUUUUGAUGCACCACAAAAGGUACACUCACAGUUAGCUCCUUGCUCAUCAGACCAAGAGGCCUGCUGAAUGGAAUGGCUUCGGAUAUGUUAUUGGAGCAUUCAGGCGUUUAUGCUUGGCAAGUGUGUAUACUACUCUUUUCUGGACUAUCCAAACGGGCAGGGUUGAAUGAAAUGACCUAAUUGGUUGUAUAUGCUUAAGGGAGAGAAACUAGCAGAUAAUAAGAGUCGCUCCUGACUUAGAUCUAUGAUUUCUUCACACCGAUUGACUUCUAGGUUUUGUCUGUUGAUUACAAACUGUACUUGUGUUCAUGAAUCUUUGAACACGAGCACACCAAAGUUUUGAGAUAGCAAAUUUUGCCAACAUAUACUGUGUAUAGAAAGUAGCUCCGGUAUAAGGACAGUGUUAGCUGAUUAGUUGGUGCAUCUCCCCGCACCCCUGGUUCAGUCAAUGUUACUGUAUAGCUGUAAUGUUACUCCAACUGUAUAUAUAACUGUAAAGCUGAAUGUAGUGAGGUUUGCAUGGGAAAUGGCCAUGCGUCAUACCUGCAAUGCUUUUAGGUAAUUUCUCAUUCAGAAAGUCAUGUCUUUCGUCCUUGGCA